UGGCUGAGCCGAGCUGUUAUCCAGUACUGUGUGUACAAAAGCGACUUAAAAAUCCUCCAGAGUAAUAAUGGUUUAUAUGUAAUGACUAACCGGACACCUAGGGUCCUAUGUCUGCAAGUCCUUUCCUCUGGCUUUUGUCCUGCUGAAAAGACUUGCGUGUCUUUCUGAAAGCUAAAAACACGAGAAAGAAGUAAAGUGGGAGUUAAAAACAAGUAUUAUUUUUACCAUCACCUGAUGCACCAACAUUCAACAUGUGUUUUAUUGUUACCUUAGGGUGAAUCAAAGAGAAAAAUGGAGCUAACAUGUUUCUGCAGAAUAAGCCUGAACUGGAGACCCAAAGGAGUCUCAGGUCAAGAAAUUCAUUGUCCCAGCGGGAGUUUCAGUCACCGGAAAUAGCCUCAGGAACUGGAGGUUCCAUGGUCCCAGUUCCCCACCCAGUCUGGGUUACUCAGCAGCCCUCUCUUUGCAUUACAAUGGCCUUGGUGAGGCUGGCAGACGGGAUUAACUGGGAAUUCGCAAGGGUGUGUGUGGGCGUGGGGCUGCCAGGAGGGGCGGGCUUAAGUAUGGUCGAUCCUUCCUUAUAAAUCUAGAGCCUCCAAAAUUUUUCUCAUUUUGCUAGAUUGGGGUGGUUAGCUCCUGUUCUCGUAAGGGUGACUCACUUCAUCCCAUUUUUUGAUACUUUUAACACCUGGAGGAGAUCUUCAUGAUUCUAAGCUCUUCUAUCUAGACACUUAAGCCUGGACUUUUCCUACAAUCCAGCUCUUUGGUGGUUUUUUUUUUUUUCCCCCUUCUUCAACUCAACAUGAGUGUGGAUCCAGCUUGUCCCCAAAGCCUGCUUUGCCCCGAAGCAUCCAUUUCCAGCGAAUCUUCACCAAUGCCUGAGGUUUAUGGGCCUGAAGAAAAUUAUGCCUCCUUGCAGAUGUCAUCUGCUGAGACCCUCGACACCGAGACUGUCUCUCCUCUUCCUUCCUCCAUGGAUCUGCUUAUUCAGGACAGCCCUGAUUCUUCCACAAGCCCCAGAGUAAAACCACUGCCCACAUCUGCAGAGAAGAGCACAGAGAAGGAGGAAAAGGUCCCAGUCAAGAAGCAGAAGAUCAGAACUGUGUUCUCGCAGACCCAGCUCUGUGUCCUCAACGACAGAUUUCAGAGGCAGAAGUACCUCAGCCUCCAGCAGAUGCAAGAACUUUCCAACAUCCUGAACCUUAGCUACAAACAGGUUAAAACCUGGUUCCAGAACCAGCGAAUGAAAUGUAAGAGGUGGCAGAAAAACCACUGGCCAAGGAAUAGCAACAGUGUGAUUCAGGGCUCAGCCAGUACAGAAUACCCGGGCUUCUAUUCCUAUCACCAAGGAUGCCUGGUGAACGCUUCUGGAAACCUGCCCGUGUGGGGUAAUCAGAGCUGGAAUAACCCAUCAUGGAGCAACCAGACCUGGAACAGCCAGUCUUGGAGCAACCAAACCUGGAACAGCCAGACCUGGUGCCCCCAAGCCUGGAAUAACCAGACUUGGAAUAGCCAGCUCAACAACUAUGUUGAGGAAUUCCUGCAGCCCCAGCUCCAGUUUCAGCAAAAUUCUAUCAGUGAUUUGGAGGCCGUCUUGGAAACUGCUGGGGAAAAUCAUAAUGUAAUACAGCAGACUUCAAAGUACUGCGGUACCCAGCAGCAAAUCAUGGAUUUAUUCCCAAAUUACUCCAUGAACAUACAGCCUGAAGAUAUGUGACGAUCAUUUUAUUUUUUUAAAAAAUUUUAUUGGAAUAUAGUUGAUUUACAA